AUGGCGGACACUGAGGCUCCUGGACAGGCCCUGAGUGAGGACUGGAAGGAGCAGAAGGCCCCUUCCUGGGCUCUGCUAACUCCUCCUCUCUCCCCUUCUUACAGGAACCUUUUGGACAAAGACAUGUUUUCCAAGUCUGACCCACUGUGCGUCAUGUAUACUCAAGGGAUGGAGAACAAGCAGUGGAGGGAGUUCGGACGCACUGAGGUCAUCGACAACACUCUCAACCCCGACUUCGUGCGCAAAUUCAUUGUGGAUUACUUCUUCGAGGAGAAGCAGAACCUCCGUUUCGACCUAUACGACGUUGACUCGAAGAGCCCUGACUUAUCCAAACACGAUUUCCUGGGCCAGGCCUUCUGCACCCUCGGAGAGAUUGUGGGGUCCCCCGGGAGCCGCCUGGAGAAGCCCCUCACGAUAGGAGCGUUCAGCCUGAACUCCAGGACGGGCAAACCCAUGCCAGCUGUGUCCAGCGGAAGUGGUCUUUGGAUGGACAGAACCACAGGCCUGGAAGCCUCUGGCGGUGUCCCAGGGAAGAAGUGCGGCACCAUCAUCCUGUCCGCUGAGGAGCUCAGCAACUGUCGGGAUGUGGCCACAAUGCAGUUCUGUGCCAACAAGCUGGACAAGAAAGAUUUCUUUGGGAAGUCCGACCCGUUCCUGGUGUUCUACAGAAGCAACGAGGAUGGAACGUUCACCAUCUGCCACAAGACCGAGGUCAUGAAGAACACCCUAAACCCAGUGUGGCAAACUUUCUCCAUUCCCGUGAGAGCCCUCUGCAACGGGGACUAUGAUCGGACCAUCAAGGUGGAGGUGUACGACUGGGAUCGAGAUGGCAGCCACGACUUCAUCGGGGAGUUCACCACCAGCUACCGGGAGCUGGCCCGCGGGCAGAGCCAGUUCAACAUCUACGAGGUGGUAAACCCCAAAAAGAAAAUGAAGAAAAAGAAAUAUGUGAAUUCUGGCACCGUCACGCUGCUGUCCUUUGCCGUGGAGUCAGAGUGCACAUUUCUUGACUACAUCAAAGGAGGGACCCAGAUCAACUUCACAGUGGCCAUCGACUUCACGGCUGGGAACCCCUCGCAGUCCACGUCCCUGCACUACAUGAGCCCCUACCAGCUGAACGCCUACGCGCUGGCGCUGACCGCCGUCGGGGAGAUCAUCCAGCACUACGACAGCGACAAGAUGUUCCCCGCCCUCGGCUUCGGGGCCAAGCUGCCCCCCGACGGCCGGGUGUCCCACGAGUUUCCGCUGAACGGCAACCAGGACAACCCCUCGUGCUGCGGCAUCGACGGCAUCCUGGAGGCCUACCACCAGAGCCUGCGCACCGUGCAGCUCUACGGCCCCACCAACUUCGCCCCCGUCGUCACCCACGUGGCCAGGAAUGCGGCCGAGGUGCAGGACGGCUCCCAGUACUCCGUGCUGCUCAUCAUCACCGACGGGGUCAUCUCAGACAUGGCGCAGACCAAGGAGGCGAUCGUCAACGCUGCCAAACUGCCCAUGUCCAUCAUCAUCAUCGGCGUGGGCCAGGCAGAGUUCGAUGCCAUGGUGGAGCUGGACGGCGACGAGGUGCGGAUCUCCUCCCGGGGGAAGCUGGCGGAGCGGGACAUUGUUCAGUUCGUGCCCUUCAGGGACUACGUGGACCGCACGGGCAACCACGUGCUGAGCAUGGCGCGCCUGACACGAAUCCAUUCUUCUUGGAGGAAACGCCAAGCCUGCAAACAGCUACGUGAGCACGACAAGGUCACAGCCUUGCCCGGCGAGGAACGGGCCGGCUUUAACGAGCAGAGGGCUUUGUCGUUCACGGGCCAUGCCGGCUAG